UGCAGCUUCUGCAGCAAGCUACUUCUAAAUAACGCUCACCUCUUUUGUCGAGUUUGCGGUAAAAACUGUGCGCAUGCGUGAGAGUACAGUGCACGUGUGGCAGUACAAAUUCGAGAGAAGGCUCGAGAAAAGCAGGGACAGAUGUCGGCAGUGAAGAGCCUAAACCCCAAGGCAGAAGUAGCUAGAGCAGCUCAGGCUCUUGCCAUCAACACGUCCGGCGCUCGGGGUCUGCAAGAUGUGCUGAGAACCAAUCUGGGACCCAAGGGAACUCUGAAAAUGUUGGUGUCAGGGGCGGGGGAUAUAAAGCUGACGAAAGAUGGCAACGUUCUCCUCCAUGAAAUGCAAAUCCAGCACCCCACGGCCUCUCUCAUUGCCAAAGUGGCCACCGCUCAGGAUGACAUAACAGGAGAUGGAACUACGUCCAAUGUCCUCAUCAUUGGAGAGUUACUGAAACAAGCCGACCUCUACAUUUCAGAUGGUCUUCACCCAAGAAUAGUGGCAGAGGGUCUGGACAAGGCAAAGGAUAAGGCUCUCAGUGUGUUGGAGGAGGUGAAGGUGAGUAGAGAGAUGGACCGCGAGACCCUGCUCCAGGUGGCCGGCACCUCUCUCAGAACCAAACUGAGUCAGAAAGUGGCAGACAUUGUGACCGAGAUAGUGGUGGAUGCCGUGCUGGCAGUACAGGGAGAAGGAGAACCAAUUGACCUUCACAUGGUGGAGAUCAUGGAGAUGACUCACAGGACAGACACUGAGACUAGAUUGGUGAAGGGUCUGGUUCUAGACCACGGAGCAAGGCACCCUGACAUGAAGAGGAGAGUUGCGAAUGCCUACAUCCUCACCUGCAACGUCUCUCUCGAGUAUGAGAAGAGUGAGGUAAACUCUGGGUUUUUCUACAAGUCAGCUGACGAGAGGGAAAAACUGGUGGCUGCAGAGAGGAAAUUUAUCGAUGAUCGCGUUAUGAAAAUCAUCGAACUAAAGAACAAAGUUUGCAGCAGCAAUGAUAAAGGAUUUGUGGUCAUCAAUCAAAAGGUUUGUGGGGGAUUUCCUACGCAAGUGGCAGGUUGAACUUGCACACACCUUCAUUACUGAUUAUUUUCGUAAACUUUUGUGUAAUAUCAGUGGGCGAGAUACAAUCAGCUAUAGUAUGUAUGUUAGAAUAGUAAGUAUUGUGUGUUGUGUAACAUGCCUAGGGAAUAGACCCCAUAUCACUGGACAUGCUGGCCAGGGAAGGCAUCGUAGGUCUGCGGAGAGCCAAGAGAAGGAACAUGGAGAGACUCACUCUCGCCUGUGGGGGCGUGGCCAUGAACUCGCUGGACGGCCUGGAGCCAGAGUGUCUGGGGUUCGCCGGGGUCGUUUAUGAGCAUGUCCUGGGAGAAGAUAAGUACACUUUCAUUGAAGAUUUGGAGAACCCGAGAUCAGUAACAAUCCUGAUCAAAGGACCCAACAAGCACACCAUAACUCAGGUGAAGGAUGCCAUUCACGAUGGCCUCAGAGCUGUCAAGAAUGCUCUCGAGGACAAGAGUGUUGUCCCAGGGGGCGGGGCGUUCGAGGUCGCAGUACACGCAGCGCUCACUUCGGCCAAGUUUCUCAACACCGUACCUGGGAGGGCAAAGUUCGGAGUCCGGGCAUUUGCCGAUGGUCUGAUGGUUAUUCCCAAAACACUGGCACAGAACUCGGGGUUCGACCCGCAGGACACUACAGUCAAACUUCAAGAUGCCUUUGUCACCUCCAAGUUACCUGUUGGACUCGAUGUAUCCACUGGAGAGCCCAUGGUACCCCAGGAAGAGGGAGUCUGGGAUAACUAUCGUGUCAAAAAGCAGCUGCUCCAUUCAUGCUCCACAAUUGCUGGCAAUCUGUUGCUGGUUGAUGAGAUCAUGAAGGCAGGGAUGUCUUCUCUAAAGCAGUAGUCACACGGACAACCUGCUAGAUUGUUGUUGCUAUCGUCUGUAUGAUAAUAGGAUAUUAUAUCAGUUUACCCUCGGUGCA